AAGAAUGUACUGCCUACUCCCCUAAAACUACUUAUUUCGUGCUGGCUGGCUUGCCUGCUACCUAGUGCCGACUGCUCCCAGGCAAGGCCUCUGAUGCAAAAACAAAAAACAAAAUAAAACAAAGAAAUGGUUGACAGUAAGAGAAAGUUUACAAAGAAAGCACUCCAAAAAUUGGGAGGACCCAGCUGAAUCAAUUCUCAGGCCUUCAGGAACUAUGGACUCAGGGCUUCUGUUUUGCUUCUUUCUGACUUCUCUGUUACUUUUCUUGCUACUGUGGAGGUGACUAAUCCACACAAAGGCAUAAGCAAGGGAAGUGCACUCUGUCUAUAAAUAUGUAAAGCCUCAACCGAAGGUGACCCAGGGCUGCAAUUAGAUGUCCAGUUUCUAAAAACAAACUUCAGAGCUUCCUCGUGGCUUUUUUCUUCUGGCUCUGUCGUGUGGGGUGGGCAGGAACAGAUCAUCAAAAGGGAGGUUUAUGAUUCCAGGUGGCACGCUGCGGCCACAAAUAGCAUUUCAGCUUUUGAUCAAUGAAGCUCAUAGGGAAACUCCAACCCUAAAAUAAAUGCAAAGACUGCUUUAAUCAAGGAGAGUCUCUGGACAACCGUAAUUCCUAUGAGAGAACAUGAGAAUAUGAUGGAGAAAAUAUUCAUCUAUAGGUGUGGUACUUUCCAACUCUUACUGGCAGGCUAAUGACAGGGAAGGGAGGGGAGGACUAUAGACCAUUUGGUGUUUUUUAAACGAUAUGAGGCAACCCUUUAAAGGAUAGUAAAAUUGUUUUUUGGGGGCACAAAAAUACUUUUACAACAGAAUACAAUUGAAUGGAAUAAAAGAGUAACUAGAAAAAAAUCAUAGUGCAUUGCAUGUAGUGUAGAUAAGUAUUGUUUUAUGAGACUUUUUGGGUGUGUAUGGGUGUGUGUGUGUUUGUGUGUGUAUGCAUUCAUGUGUCCUGUACUGGGGUUUGACAUGGUAUUUUUGUGGGGAGGGAAGGUUGGUUUGUUUGUUUAUUUUUUACUGUGGGUCCUGGUCAAAAACAUUUGGUAAAGAUUGCUAUAAUUUAGCUCAUUGCCACAUACUUUUGGGGUCGUGGGUUUAAAAAACUAACACUAAAAUUGUAACCACUCAACACUGAGCUUUUUAAAAGACUAUAACUUUUACUCUUUUUGGCAGUGUUUAUCAACUCUUUUGGCUUGAGGAGAUAACCUGAGGUGGCAACGAGCUGCCUGAAAAAGUAAAUGGGAGGUUUAUAAUGAAGUUCUUGGAGGCAGAUAAGACCAGGGACAGAGGGCACCAGACAACACAGGUGUGUGCGCAUGUGCGUGUGUGUGUGUGUGUGUGUGUGUAUCAGAGAGAGAUUUAGAGACGAGGACUCACUAGAGGACACAGCAGGGUGGAGUGGGGGACUGUUUUUUCUGGUAAACAAUCUAAAACCUUGUUGUUCAUGCUGAGAUCUCAACGAGAAAACAAGUCCCAGUAUGUGAUGUGAUUCUAAAUCCAAAGAAUUAACCUGAGCGUCAGAAACCAGGAGUCCUUAGAGUUUUGUUCCCUGCCUCAGGGAAACACUUUGUUUCUGACUGACAAUAGAACUUAUAAAGGAACUUUUUGAAAACCUAGGAUAACAUCACCUCGUUCUAGAAAUUACUGAAGAGGAACCAAAGUGUACAGAGCCAUGUUGUGUUUAUUUGAUUUAAUAUGAUUAUUUCUCCUGUCCUCUUUUAUAGGAUUCUCACUUUGUUUCCAAAUGCCACAGCUCGAAAAUUACUACUGAUGUUGAUAUUUAUAUUAAUUUUCUGGGUUAUUUACUUGGCUUCAAAAGACCACACAAAGUUCUUGUUCAGCUUGGAAAACCAUAUUACCCUGAACCAAGGGAACAUCUUCAAAAAACUGUCACGCUCUGAAGCACCAUUGUGUCCAGCAGUUUCACCAAAAAAGACUGAACUGAGAAUAAAGGAAAUCAUGGAGAAACUAGACCAGCAGAUCCCACCCAGACCUUUCACCCAUGUGAACACCACCACCAGCGCCACACACAGCACAGCCACCAUCCUCAACCCUCGAGACACGUACUGCAGAGGGGACCAGCUGGACAUCCUGCUGGAGGUGAGGGACCACUUGGGACGCAGGAAGCAAUAUGGCGGAGAUUUCCUGAGGGCCAGGAUCUCCUCCCCAACUCUGAUGGCAGGUGCUUCAGGAAAGGUGACUGACUUCAACAAUGGCACCUACCUGAUCAGCUUCAGUCUGUUCUGGGAGGGCCAGGUCUCCCUGUCUCUGCUGCUCAUCCACCCCAGUGAAGGGGCAUCAGCUCUCUGGAGGGCAAGGAACCAAGGCUGUGAUAGGGUCAUCUUUAUUGGCCUGUUUGCCAACAGAACCUCCAAUGUUUUCACUGAAUGUGGCCUGACCCUAAACACAAAUGCUGAACUGUGCCAGUACUUGGAUGACAGAGACCAAGAAGCCUUCUACUGUGUGAGGCCUCAACAUAUGCCCUGUGAGGCUCUGACCCAUAUGACCACUAGGACAAGAAAUAUUUCCUAUCUUAGCAAGGAAGAAUGGAGCCUUUUCCACAGGUCCAACAUGGGAGUUGAAAUGAUGAAGAACUUUACCCCCAUUGAAGUCGUACCAUGUAACAAGAGCGAGAACAUAAAAAAGAACUGCCAGAUUGGAAUGAAGACUCCUUUCCCCAGUGGUUAUACUUUGAAAAAAAUGUGGAUUACAGCAUUUUGUAAACAGAUCAAGUUCAAUGAAACAAAAAAUAUAAAUGACUGCUUGGAAAGAAAACUUAUUUAUCUCAUGGGAGAUUCAACACUGCGUCAGUGGAUUUACUACUUACAAAAGCUGUGAAAAGUAUCCUUAAAAUAUUUUGAUCAUCAUGGAGCUGGGAUCUUUAAGACACAUGUUCUUCUGGAUGUUGAAAGACAUAUUUUGAUUCAGUGGAAAAAACAUGGACAUCCAUUUGUUACCAAAAAGCUAUUCUCAGUGAAAGAUGAAAACUAUAUCCCGCGGGAAAUUGACCGGGUAGCAGGAGACCAAAACACGGCCAUUGUCAUUACCCUCGGCCAGCACUUUAGACCCUUUCCCAUCAACAUUUUCAUCCGUAGGGCCAUCAAUAUUCAAAAGGCCAUUGAACGUCUAUUCUUGCGAAGCCCAGAGACCAAGGUGAUACUUAAAACUGAAAACACCAGAGAGUUACAUCAAAAUGCAGAGAUGUUUAGUGACUUUCAUGGCUAUAUUCAGAAUCUUAUCAUAAGGGAUAUUUUUGUGAAUCUUAAUGUGGGCAUUAUUGAUGCCUGGGACAUGACAAUUGCAUAUUGCACUAAUAAUGCCCAUCCGCCUGAUUACGUGAUUCAGAAUCAGAUUGGCAUGUUCUUAAACUACAUUUGUUAGAGGAAAAAUAUAAAAAUAGCACUUGCCACUUUCUAUAGAUGAUCUUACAUAUAUAGCAAAGAUAGUUUAAUGCAAUACAAGUUUUGAGGAAACUAAAUUUGAAAAAGUUUCAUUAUAGUUAUAUAGCAUAAAAUUUACUAUUUAAGCCAUUUUUAUUAUUUUAUUAUAUUGUAUUU